UCGACAUUGCGCAGCUCGCAGCUCGCAGUCGAUUGGCCACCGCAGCAAGGCUGAGGAUGCACUCGAACUCUUCCUGAGCCCGUCUGUAGAGCACAAUGUCGGCCGCAUUGCUCAGCAAACUCAAGUGGACGCCCGUGGGACUGUUCGGUAUAGCAGUGAUCCACUACCUCGCCUCCAUCCAUCCUGCGUAUGAUGCAACGACACAGCUAGCCAGCAAGCUCAAACCGGCUUCAUGGUCCCCUUCGAGCACGGCAGGGCUCGAGCUAGACGCUUGGAGCUCGAGGGUCAAGGGCAGCAGACCGGCAGCCAAUACCACCGUGCGGGCAAAUGCUGCCUUUGUCAUGCUCACGCGCAACGGCGACUUGUGGGACAUGCUGAGGAGCAUACGAUCCAUGGAAGAUCGAUUCAACAGCCGCUACAACUAUCCCUAUGUGUUUUUGAACGAAGUGCCCUUUGAUGAUCAGUUUAUAAAACACACGACAGCGCUGUGCUCAGGCAAGACAUACUAUGGUCUCGUCUCGAACGACGAUUGGAAAGUGCCAGACUCUAUCGACAGGGACCGCGCCGCCCAAGUGCGAUAUCAAAUGCAACAGGACGGUGUCAUCUAUGGUGGCAGCGAGUCCUAUCGGCAGAUGUGUCGAUUCGAGUCUGGCUACUUCUUCAGGCAACCCUUGCUUGAUCAGUUUGACUACUACUGGCGCAUCGACCCGAAUGUCAAAUUCUUCUGCGAUCUCGAUUACGAUCCGUUCAUGUUCAUGCAGCAGCACAACAAGACUUAUGGCUUCACAAUCAGUUUAUACGAAUACAAAGAGACGAUCAAAACACUUUGGGAUACCACCAAAGACUUUAUGAAAGCACAUCCCGAGCAUAUCGCAAGGAACAACAUGAUCGACUGGUUACAGAAGGAUGACGGAACAUACAACCUCUGUCACUUUUGGUCGAAUUUCGAGAUUGGCAAGCUCGACUUUUUCAGGUCGCAGGCCUAUCUGGACUAUUUCAACUACCUCGACCAGGCCGGAGGGUUCUACUACGAGCGAUGGGGCGAUGCGCCAGUUCAUUCGAUCGCGGUAUCGCUUAUGCAAGAGAAGAACCAGCUGCAUUUCUUCAGCGAUAUCGGCUACAGGCACGAACCCUUUCAGCACUGUCCCAACGGGCGAGAGACUGACCCAGCAAGAUGCGAUUGCAACCCAAACUCGAGCGAUAAUUUCGAAUGGCAUGGCUACAGCUGUACGGCACUCUAUCACAAGCUACAAGGCACGGGCAAGACCAUUGAUAACCACUGACACACACACUCUAUGCACGCUUGUACUAUCUCACCGCCGCGAUCUCACGUCGCGCUUGCGGUUUCUCCGCCGCCGCCCUGUUUGCCCAUCGCCAAACCAUCGCGAGCAAUUGACUACCAGUGCUUUUCCCAACAUGCUCAGCUACGUGCAGCUCGCCGCCGUCUGUGUCGUCAUUGCUACCCCAUCUGGCCGCGUCAACUGUCAGACUAGCCAAGGAGGAUCAGGCCUCGUACCUCCU